CAAGGUUGUCAGCUGCGCCGGAAGUUCCUGGUUCCGCCUGGCGGGUAACCUUGGGGUCUUCGCUGCCACGUCUGUAGUGGUAGUGGGCUUUUCGAGUCUGAGUCUCUACUUAGGCCAGGCCUGUUAGCUACCGGGAGCUGCCAGGGUUGCGCGGAAAAACGCUGCGGACCGCUCACAGCAGGAACCACGGGCGCAGGGCCACCCGGCCAACAUGUCUCUAGUGGCGGAAGCCUUAGUCUCGCAGAUUGCAGAUUAGAUCAUCAAGAUACGGACUUUGGAAUUAGACUAUUUACUAGGUCAUAGCACUUUCAUACUGUGACAUACCCUGAAUUGAAUGGGAAGAUAGAUCAUCUGCUGCCACAGUGACCUAUCAUCUGACUUGAGAGAAUACUGCAGCUACAGAACCUUGGCCUGAAAAUGCUACAUUAUAUCAGCAACUGAAAGGGGAGCAAAUUUUGCUUUCUGACAAUGCAGCUUCUCUUGCUGUGCAGGCCUUUUUGCAAAUGUGUAAUCUGCCUAUCAAAGUGGUUUGUAGGGCAAAUGCAGAAUAUAUGUCUCCAUCUGGUAAAGUACCAUUUAUUCAUGUAGGAAAUCAAGUAGUAUCAGAACUUGGUCCAAUAGUCCAAUUUGUUAAAGCCAAGGGCCAUUCUCUUAGUGAUGGGCUGGAUGAAGUCCAAAAAGCAGAAAUGAAAGCCUACAUGGAAUUAGUCAACAAUAUGCUGUUGACUGCAGAGUUGUAUCUUCAGUGGUGUGAUGAAGCUACAGUAGGGGAGAUCACACAUGCUAGGUAUGGAUCUCCUUACCCUUGGCCCCUGAACCACAUUUUGGCCUAUCAGAAACAGUGGGAAGUCAAACGUAAGAUGAAAGCCAUUGGGUGGGGUAAGAAGACUCUGGACCAGGUCCUGGAAGACGUGGACCAGUGCUGUCAAGCGCUGUCCCAGAGACUGGGAACACAACCGUAUUUCUUCAAUAAGCAGCCCACAGAACUAGAUGCACUGGUGUUUGGCCAUCUCUACACUAUUCUGACCACACAGCUGACCAAUGAUGAACUUUCUGAGAAGGUGAAAAACUAUAGCAACCUUCUUGCUUUUUGUAGAAGAAUUGAACAGCAUUUUUUUGAAGAUCGUGGUAAAGGCAGCUCAUCUAUCAGAUUGUCUUAGAGUUAUGUCUUAAGUUAGUUAUUAUUAUAAAAAAUUUAACUUUUGAAAUAUAUGUUACUUGAAUGACAUAAUAAUGGUAUCAGAAUUUUAAAACCAAAACACUGCUUUUCGAAACCUCAGACACAAGUUAUAUAGUGUAUCGUAUACAUGUACUUUAUGCUGUUGUUUGUGUACACAGUAACUGAAAUAAUUCUGAAUGAUUUCAUUUGAUAUGUUGAAUUCUGUAUCUUGAAUGUUUUGUUUUCUUGAAAUGUAUGCAUAUAAAAAUAAACCCUUAACAACUGUAUGGCUGGUAUAUUU